AUGGUGCUUGCGGCCAGUCCUGAGGCUUAUCGGAAAGUGAUCGAAUAUGGAAUAAAGAAGACGAAGCUGCGAAUCGACCGCCUCUUCCUCCAAGCCAUCAUGGCUGGAAUAUACGUCGGCAUGGCCGGGCAUGCAUGCACAGCCCUCGCGGGAGCGUAUUCGACCGACCCCGCGAAUCCGCUGGCGGUUUCCAAGGCGACCCAGAAGUUCCUGUACGCCUCUCUUUUCCCGGUCGCGUUCAUCGCGAUCAUUUUCACCGGAGCAGAGCUAUUCACUGGAAAUACGAUGACGAUGCUUGUCUGUCUCCUCGAGCGAAGAGUGACUGCGCUGCAGCUCUGCAUCAACUGGAUCUGCAGCCUCGUUGGGAACUGGGCAGGCGCUCUCUUCGCAGCCUACUUUCUCUCUUACCUUCCGGGGGUGCUUCAAGAUCCUGAUCACCUCCACUACCUCGAAGACGUCGCGGCGCACAAAACGGAACUCUCUUUUCUCCAGUGCUUCUGCCUCGCUGUGGGCUGCAACACUUUCGUCUGCCUCGCCGUCUGGUUCGUCAUCGCCUCGGACGACGCAGCCGGAAAAAUCAUGUCCAUGUGGUUCCCCAUCGUCUCCUUCUGUGUCGCCGGCUACGAGCACAUUAUCGCAAAUUUCUACACGCUGCAAUGCGCCCUCAUGCACGGAGUCGGCCCAGGAGUCGGAACUGUCAUUUUGAAAAAUUUCAUUCCAACGUUGCUGGGGAACAUUGUCGGCGGCUGCGGCUUGGUGGGCGCGGUGUACUGGUACAACUUUUACCCAACGGUGUGCGUGGUGCAGGAGGCGCGUCAGCCUCUGCCUCUUUCAGAGAACGCGCCUUCCUCGACGCGACAAGUCGUCGCCGACCUCUUCAGUCUCUGGGGUCGCGAGAGCUCAACUCCGGGAGUUUCCGCUUCCCCUCCAGACGCGGCGACGAACGCCGGCUGCUCGGCGCUCGAUCCUCCCCGGAACGCGCUGCUCGCCGCUGGAAAGAACUUCGGCAACCUCAGUGCUGGCGACCGCGGAGCACUCGCGGAAGGGAUCCCGGGAGGUGCAUGCGAAGACUGUCUCCUCGUUCCACGCGCUUCCUUCGGAGGCGAGUACCACCCUCCCCAGCAGGGUGACGCUGGGCGGUGGUGCAAACCGUCGAAAGCCGCCGUCGGUUCCGGAGGCGUCCUUUGUCAUGUGCAGAGUCCAGCAGCUCUGGAGGCCGUCUCGAACUCGCCGCUGCGCGAGAACUCUGGCGUCCCCAGUGGCGGACUUCUUCUUUGUGAAGGCCGAGUGCGCAGAAGCAGCAGAGAACGAGAGCCAGAGCGGGGAGGAGAAGAAGAAGGAGCGUCUCCCGAAGAGGACCAUCCAGCAGUCACCUUGUCUAUUCCUCCGACUGAUUUUCAUCCCCAUGUCCCGAGAGAGGUCGAGCAAAGUUCUCUGCUUGAAGAGACUCGCGUUGCUGCGGAGAACUCCGCACUUGAAGAGCACCCGGCGUCUACCAUUUGA